AUGCUUGUUCCCAUGCAAGGCCCAUACGACCAGUUCCUGCUGUUUGGCGACAGCUUGAUCCAGCAGUCGUGUAGUCAAGCAGCUGGCUUUGCAUUUUGUCCAGCGUUGCAAGAUGGUAUGACUAGACUCUUCCGGUUUUCACAUCAGAAGCCCCAUACGGGUCUUGCACCAAUGCCUGUGUAG